AAUGCACAAAUAUUAAAUAUAUGUGUGACUAUUUUUAUCUUGAUGUACAUUUGGUAUACUCAAGUGGAGUUCACCAAGUACUUUUUCUUUUUUUAUAUUCCGUAAAAUAAACCACAACCAAAAGCGAGCAGACCAUAUUUGUACAGAGCUACGGAAUUUUCUCUCUCUCGCCUCUCAGUAAUGGCGCCACCGACUCCAUCUUUCCUUGCCCUAACCCUUCUUCUGCUUCUUCUUCUCUCUACAAUCUCGCCGUCGGACUCGCAGACCUGCUCAUCGCAGACAUUUCCGACCAGGAACGGGCUCUUCGCUCACUGCAAUGACCUACCAACCCUCGCCUCCUACAUCCAUUGGACCUACUCCCGCGCCAACUCCACUCUCUCCCUCGCAUUCGUCGCCGAAUCCGUCGGAUGGAUCUCCUGGGCCAUCAAUCCGACCGGCGACGGCAUGAUUGGCGCCCAAUCCCUCGUCGCGUUCAGGGAUUCCAAGGGCGCAAUGACCGUUAAGACCUACAAUGUCACCUCUUACGCCUCCGUUCAGGAGUCCAGUGUGUGGUUCCGGGUGAAGGAGGCCGCGGCGGAGUCAAGUGGCGGCGUGAUGCGGCUGUUCGCGACCGUGGUGCUUCCCGAGAUGGACACGUCGACGAUCAACCAUGUUUGGCAGGUCGGCCCCUCCGUCACCGGCGGCGUUCCCGACAGGCAUGCUCUCCAGCCCGCUAAUUUGAACUCCAAAGGGACUCUGGAUCUGUUGAAAGGGGAGAGCAGCAAUAGCACAUCCAGAAUUGAGGCUGGCGGCGAUUCUAGGUUGAAGAAGAAGAAUAUUCAUGGAAUGCUUAAUGCAGUGAGCUGGGGAUUUCUGUUUCCAAUAGGAAUCAUGAUAGCCAGGUACAUGAGAACCUUCAAAUCUGCAGACCCAGCAUGGUUUUAUCUCCACAUUGCUUGCCAGGUUUCUGCAUAUGCCAUUGGUGUUGCUGGCUGGGCCACUGGCCUCAUGUUAGGGAGCAGCUCCAAGGGUGUUCAACACGACAACCAUCGCUCUAUCGGGAUUGCACUCUUCUGCCUUGCAACCCUGCAGGUGUUUGCAUUGCUAGUGAGGCCGGAGAAGGAUCACAAGUACAGAAACUACUGGAACAUCUACCACCAUGGAGUUGGGUAUGGAGUGCUUGUUCUUGGCAUCUUCAAUGUGUUCGAAGGCCUGAGCAUACUAAGCCCGGCAGAGAAGUGGAAAUCUGCAUACAUAGCGGUGCUUGCCGCUCUGGGGGCGGUGGCACUGGCACUGGAAGUGAUGACUUGGACGGUGGUGUUGAAGAGGAGAUCAAAGAAGUCCACUAAUAAGCCUUGAUUAAUAAUCAGCUUAUGAUGAGGACUGUGAAUGGGCAUGUAUGUGCCGCAGGUAAUUAUAAUUAACCUAAUCCCGCCCUCGGGCGGGCUAAUGUGUUUAGUUUAACCACCCACACAUGCAGUAGAUGUGCCCUAUUUCUGAUGUGAUUUAAAGUGUCAACUCGACUUUGGGUUGCCAUGUCUCCAAAAUGCGAUUGUGUACGUAAAUUCACUAAAUUGCUUUAUUGUAU